CGGCCCACACGAAUCGAUGACCAGGCGCAAGGGGAAGCACUCUACUCAGCGACAAACUCCGGAUGACGAUGAUAUGCAAGAAUGGCCUAUUCACGGCAUUGUUGGCGAGGAGACGCACGCUGCAUAUCCAUGCAAUCGCACAAGGUAUUACGAAGUCAGGUGGGCGAACUGGGUAGAUGCGGACGACACCGAUACCACUUGGAUCACGGCCGGCGGCGCGGACCUUUCAGACCGUCCGGACCUCGUUGAUGCUUGGGAAUCUCAACAAGACGACAAACGACGGAGGGCCGCAAAAAGCACCGUCAUUCCCAUCGACACGCUGGUCCGAAGCGAUUUCCAUAUGCUUCCAACGGCGUGGCGCGCUUUGGGCCUGGAAGAGCGCUUGGAGGAUUGGGAGGAGAGGAAGGAAAGGAGAAUCGCGAGAGGGGAGUACGAUGCCAGAAAUUGGGGCAAUUUCGUUCCCGGUGACCUGAGUGACGAGGACCGAGCGACUCGUGGACGCAGGCGCAGACGGAGCUUGUCGUCAGAACGCGAAAGAUCGGAUUCGCGGCCGAGGGAGCAAGAUAUCCGACGGCCGUCUCAGAGACCGCGUCUGAGCCACGCGCCGAGCGAUGGGACAUCCGCAGGACCUCGGACGGCGCCAGUGGCCUCUUCUCGUCAGCCUAGUCAGCCAACAAACACGCGGAAAAGGCUUGCUGUUGAAAUUCCCGCUUCAUCUAUCAGGAUCGGGCCUCCGAAAAAGCGCAGGACCUCAGCGGCCCCGUCUCCAGCGGCAACCGACGACGAGAGCAUGGACGAGGCGCCCGCUCGUUACCGGUUUGGCCCCGCGAGCGCGUUUUCCAGGAAGUCUGCCCAGGGAUCGACUCCGGCGUCAAGCAAGCCAAACUCCGUGCCAUCGUCAUCGCGUGGAGGCUCGUCGGCACCUGGCCCUUCAUCCUUGACCUCAAGAUCCUCGAGAACGCUGGUCCAUUCCUCGGCACAGGACGCAACGUCUAUCAGUUCUCGAACUCUGCAAGCUACAAGCUCUGCGUCGAGCUCAACUGGUGAUCUUGCACGCAUCCCGCCAGGAAAUCCCAGCCUUCUCUGCGACGCCGACCCUCUCCGGACUACAAUUCUAUCCUCUCCGCGCUGCCCUUGGAAAAUGACGACGGCAGCGACUACAUGUUUGGUAGCAACUCUGAUCACGGUGGCGACUCCAACGCCGACGACGAGUCCGACGGUGUCCAAGAGGCCCGUAGACGACUCCGCGCGCUGCCCAGCCGUUUGUCGGAGGUUCAAGGGAAAAUGGCGCCUUUGGCGUCACGGUCGACGGCGCCAAAUCGUCCAUCAAAAACGUCUUUCAGUAGGGCCUCAAGUAGCACCCCGCGCUCGACACAAUUAAGUCGACGUCAAAAGAUCCAAGCUGAUUGGGAUGAACUGUGUAAUCUUCAUCACGCUGAACGGGUCAUGAUUGUCAACGAUGUUGACGACGAAGAGAUCCCUCCCGGCCUGGAGAAUUUCAAAUACACCGAAUUUCGGUACAAGUUCAGCGCCGCCGUACCUAACCCAAGUGACGAAGCAUUCUUCGUCUCGUGUGAAUGUGCGCCCAACCCGAAGAGCCACAGAAGGCAAAACCUAUGUGGUGAUGCCAACCAAUGUGGAUGCCAGGAACUUGCCCAACAUCCCGAGGACGAUGGAAGGAGGCAGAUCGCUUACACCCCUCAGGGUUUGUUCAAAGUUACGGCUUGGAGGCCUACUCUAGUCGUUGAAUGCAAUAAGAAAUGCCACUGCGCAAGCACCAGGUCGUCCUGCCUGAACCGCGUCUCUCAACGUCCACGAAGCAUACCAAUAGAAGUCUUCAAAACGGCUAAUGGGCGUGGAUGGGGCGCGAGGACUGACAGAGUCACGACCAUCCCGGAGGGAAAGGUCCUUGGCUUGUACACGGGGGAGGUCAUCCGUCGUUCAUCCAUCCCGCAAAUGAGCAAGCUGCACAAAUCAUACAUGUUUGAUUUGGAUGCACAAGAGAAUCAGGACAGUGACGAAGGCGACCAGGACCCUGACAGAUACUCAGUCAGUGCAUAUGAGUAUGGUAACUGGACACGAUUCGUUAACCACUCUUGCGAGCCCAACGCCAUGGUAUACUCCGUCAUAUUCGACACCAUCCCGGAAGUUAGUGAACGCAAACUAUCAAGUGUCUCAAUUUGAUGCUUCAUGCAUACAGAACCGCAUAUACUAUCUGGUGUUUGUCGCCAAGAAAGCUAUACUACCGCACACUGAGAUCACGAUUGAUUACAGCCCGCAAGACGCCGGGAAGGGUAUGAAGGGUAAAGAAAAGCUGCCGCCUGGUUCCAAGGAAUGCAUGUGCGGCGCCCGAUCUUGUCGUGGCUACCUCAGGGUAUAAACCACGCCAAUCACCCAAACAUGCCAGCAAGAACGGAAUUAGAUAGAGACAGUCUUAUCCUGCCAUAUGGAUCACCGUUCUGGGCUUACCUCCGAUUUUCCACGUGACAUUCAAAUCAGUAACGCAGAGCAUCACCGGGUUCAGGCUCAGAAAACAAUAAAUGAUACGAGAACAAUCAUUAUACGGCCUGCACAUAUGCAUAGUAUGCAUAUAGUGAUAAUAUAGACCGCAAACCUCGUCACAGUGCCCUACUAUCAUCGAACCAGUGUUCCUAUCGAAAACAGUAUUUUGCGUGGGAUUCAAAAGUGUGCCAAGUAAUCUCGGAUUUUGUAGGUGGUCAUGAUGUGUUCUCACAUGGGGCAUAAUGACAUGUACUCUACUGAUUUU